UGGAUGAAGUAGCAUCUUCGUUAUGACCCAACCCUUUGUCAUUGGCUUAAACCACGCUGGACUUACUACCUUAUCAAAACAACUGUUUAAUCAAAGGGAUCAUGAUCAGAUUUGGCCUUUAUAUUACCCCCAAUCAUGAUUAGGUAGGCAAACCCGUCUCAAUUAUAUCUUUACUUUAUCUCUGGAUCUUACAUUUGUAUCUUACCAUAGAUCUCUUGAAAACCUGACCCCCACUAUCACAGCAAAUCACCCUUCAUAUAAAUUCCCCUUCCAUUCUUUUUUUCUGCAACUGCAUAAGUAAACAAGGUUCAGUGUUCUAGUUUUCAGGCUAUGAAAAGGGAGAAUCUUUUAUCUCUUUGAGUAACCGCCCUCCACCCAUGAAUUCUAGACCACAAAUUGAUAGGCUCAGUGGCUAGCUAUGUUAUCAGCAAGUGUGAAUAUGCAUCGACGCCUGCUUGGGACAGAAGUGAGCUUGCCACCGGAAAAUGGGAACAAAACUCAUGAUUCCUACCUUAGCGAGACAAAUUUCGAUACCAACUUGGUGGUUAUAUUGGCAGCUCUUUUAUGCGCUCUGAUCUGUGCAGUGGGGUUGAACUCUAUAGUCCGUUGCGCUCUACGUUGCAGCCGAAGGUUUUCGACGGAGACCCCAGAACAAGCAGCUGCUCGCUUGGCGACAACGGGCCUGAAGAAACGAGAUUUGAGACAAAUCCCGGUGGCAGUGUAUGGGGAAGGAGUGAGUUUGCCGUCGAUGGAAUGCCCAAUAUGCCUGGGAGAGUUCGUUGAUGGAGAAAAAGUAAGAGUGCUGCCAAAAUGCAACCAUGGGUUUCAUGUGAGGUGCAUUGAUACAUGGCUGCUCUCACACUCAUCUUGCCCGAAUUGUCGGCACUCGUUACUUGAAGUCGAUGCAUCAAAAACCGAGACAUCCCAGCAAGUCACUUCCCUACGUCAAUCACAGAAUGGAUUAGGUGGUGAUCAUCCAAACGGCAGCGUCGUUGUCGUUGUUGGAUAGGGAAGUUCAAUACCCAUUUAGAGCUUUUAACUGUACUUGUAGCUGCUGUUAGAAUUUACAGUGAAGGUUAAACUGUUCACCAUCUAGAUUUUGGAGAAAUGAAAUGAAAGAUGUAUUUAGUCACAAGCUUAAGAGUCAACCAAACUUAUCUUCUUUUUUGCAUGUGCAAUUGCACAAUGGCAUGUGCACAUGCACGGGCACUGCCUGCUCCCUUUUGCUUCCCUGGUUUUGUGGAGUUAGGGACCUUAGUCGCGUGUUGCAUUUCUCAUCCUUUUAAAAUAUUUUAAUUUUACCAAUCUAGAUAAGUUGAAAUUAUUAA